AUGAAUAUCACAGGAAACAUCACAUCAAUUGGAUAUUCUACAUUUUCAGGAUGUGUAAAUUUAGAAACACUAAUUCUCGAUUGUCCUCUUAUUUUAAUAGAUGGUGGUGCAUUUCAUAAUUGCAUGAAAUUGAAAUCGGUUGAAUUUCCAUCAACACUGCAAUCAAUUGGACUUACAGCAUUUUUUAAUUGCCAAAGCUUGAAAACGUGUAUUUUUAAAGGAAAUGUUUCAACAAUUGUGGAAGGUGCAUUUAGAAAUUGUUAUAAUCUUGAAUCUAUCAUAUUACAAGGAAAUUCAAUUAGUAUUGGUUUUAAUUCAUUUGAUAAUUGCCAAAGCCUUAGGUCACUUUCAAUCAACUGCCAAACAUGUUAUAUUAGCAAUGGUGCAUUCAUCAAUUGCUUCAAUUUGAAAGAUUUAACACUAAAUUGUAAUCUUACAAUAAUUGGAUCAAAUGGAUUUGGCUUAUGUCUUUCUUUGAAAUCAACAGUUCUCUAUGGAAAUAUGACAUCAAUUGAAGAUUAUUCAUUCUCCAGAUGUCAUUCUGUUGAAACCAUUGAAAUAUAUUGCAAUAUAACAUCAAUUGGAAAAGAAGCGUUUAGUGAAUGUUAUAAACUUUCUAAACUAUUACUUCCUAAUACUUUGAAUUCAAUUCUAAACUCAGCAUUUGGAUAUUGUUAUUCGUUGAAUUCCCUAUCUAUUACUUCAAAUAACCUCACAAUAUCAAAUAAUGCAUUUCGUUAUUGUUAUUGA